GCACACAGGCUCAGACACACGCGCGCUUCGCACGCUGACGAGCAGAGAGGCUCGGAGGAGAAGCUCGGGGGGGGGGGGACGGCAGGAGGAUCCGAGCCGGGGAAGGACGCGGUGAAGCCGGCCCGGCGCCUGUGAGAUGCGGACCCCCGGACGCUGCAUCCUUCGGGGACUGAAGGUGAGGUCUGCGGCUCCAGCUGAAGAUGGCAGGAGACUCGCGAGUCCACACGGACCACGACAUGGAGAUAGGCGUGAACCCGAGGGAGGUAAAGAAACUCCCUAAGUACCUGAGAGAGCCCCAGAUAGCCACCGACCGCACGCACCUGAUCGCCGAGCCGCCGAAGAAGCCUCGUCAGCGCUACGUUCAGAAGGACGGCAAGUGCAACGUCCAUCACGGAAACGUGCAGGAGACGUACCGCUACCUGAGUGACCUCUUCACCACCUUGGUGGAUCUCAAGUGGCAUUUCAGUUUCUUCAUAUUCACCCUGGUCUAUGUGGUCAACUGGCUUUUCUUCGGCUUGCUCUGGUGGCUCAUCGCGCUCAUCCGGGGCGACCUGGUCCAUGCAGAUGAGGAGGGCUGGACCCCAUGUGUGCAGAACCUCAACAGCUUCGUUUCUGCCUUCCUCUUCUCCAUCGAGACGGAGACCACCAUCGGCUACGGCUACCGUGUGAUCACGGAGAAAUGCCCGGAGGGCAUCAUCCUGCUGCUCGUCCAGGCCAUCCUUGGCUCCAUAGUCAAUGCCAUGAUGGUGGGCUGCAUGUUUGUCAAGAUUUCGCAGCCCAAAAACCGGGCCGAGACCCUCAUGUUCUCGCACAAGGCCGUCAUCUCGGUCAGAGACAACAAGCUCUGCCUCAUGUUCAGGGUCGGGGACCUACGCAACUCACACAUCGUAGAGGCCUCCAUCCGCGCCAAGCUCAUCCGCUCACAGCAGACCAAGGAGGGCGAGUUCAUACCGCUCAACCAGACGGACAUCAACAUCGGCUUUGACACGGGUGAUGACCGCCUAUUCCUGGUGUCCCCACUCAUAAUCUCCCAUGAGAUCAAUGAGAAGAGCCCCUUUUGGGAGAUGUCCCAGGCUCAGAUGGAGAAGGAAGAGUUUGAGAUCGUCGUCAUUCUGGAGGGCAUGGUGGAGGCCACAGGAAUGACCUGCCAGGCCAGGAGCUCCUACUUGGACACGGAGGUGCUGUGGGGUUACCGUUUCACGCCCGUGCUUUCCUUGGAGAACGGCUUCUACGAGGUGGACUACAACAACUUCCACGAAAUCUACGAGACCAACACCCCGUCCUGCAGCGCCAAAGAGCUGGCCACGGCCCUCCGUGAAGGACAGCUGCUCCCGCAGCUCUCUCUACUCCCCCCGGAGCCCAAAAAUUUCUCCCUGAGUCCACUAUCCACUGUGGACCCCACUUUUCAGGAAGACGACAAGAUAGAGGAGGGGGACAGAGGAGAAACCAAUGGCUCUGCAGCCGCACUAGAAGAACAGGCCUGAACCUUCAUGGACAGACGUACUGUAGGACGAUGCUAAUCCCAUAGCAAGCUUCUGUCAUCACAUUUCUUGCAGAAAAAGCAGAUACCUCAGCUUGGACCAGCUGUCCACCUGUGUAGGUUGUGAUUUUGAGAGGUGGGUUUGAUAGAAAAACCUGCUCAUAAAAACAUUUUGUAUUUUCAUUAACAUAUCCUGGAUUUUCAAGUCAACUUGCAGCUAGGAAAGGCUGCAUUACAAAACACGGGUGUGACAGCACGGUGAGAAUUUGAGUGUGACAGAGGUUCGUUCAUGAAGUGAAACAGACGAAAGUGGCCAGUUGAAAAAUUUGUUCUGUUGCAUAUAUUGACCCCUUUGAGUUUGAAGUCUACUUUAGUUUGCUUUUGUAGUGCACCAAGGACCUUAACCCAAUCAAGCAAUAGUCGUACAAAUCUUAAACCCUCCCCUCAAACAUAGGAAGAAUACAAAAGAUAACUUCAAUUAAAAAUAAAAAUGAAUGACAGUUAACUUUUUAUCAAGACAAAUAGUUCUAGAAUCUGGAAUAUGGGAUUGAAUCUCAUACAUUUCUAUAAGCUGGAAUGAUGGCUAAAGAGUCAAGAGUUAUCAAAUCGAGAGAAAUAUCAAGUAAGUUAGGUGUGUCCUGCCCCCAGUCUUAUUCCAGUAGGUUUUUCCAUUUUCAUGGUACAUGAGCACAAGUAACCCCCCGGGCCAAAUGAUGCUGGUGGAAGUUUGACUUUGGCAUGGUGACAUGCAGGGGACGGCUGUUUGUACACCGAGUCCUCGGGCUUUUGCCGAUGACGUCUGUUUCUGUGAUCGCAUCACCUCCCUCUACAGUGCGACGUACCUCACGGGUUCCGUAUCUCAGUGCGGUUCAGCAGUCUCUUUGGGUCCUAGCAGCAGCUGCAGUUCCUUAAUCCCUCAUGUCCUGCACGGCCAUUUCCAAGCCCCCCCAAGCAGAUUUCAUGCACUAGUAAUACAGGGAAUUUAGUAAAGCAGGCAGAUGCAGUGGAAGCUUUAGAGGACAUCUGGUACAGGAAACCUCAUGCCAGUGAGUGUUCGGUACAGACUUCUGCUACUUAAGAGUUCUGCAGUCCCUAGAAUAUUUAUUAAUGUUUAUGUAGACAGCUGCUCUGCCAUUGUACCCAAUUACACUGUCAUCACAAAAUUAUGUCCACUGCAAGGUCUUCCUUCAUUUGAAACAUACAGUUAAUGUGGCAGUAAGGUCAGCUGUGUGCUACAAUGGAAAUUAAACCUAAAACAGGGCAUUUGCUUAUUAUGUAACUGAGCUUUUUUGUCUGUCAUAUGAGGAUAUUUCUGUGCUGACUUGAACACGUACACCUGACAGAUGUAACAUUCGGAAAUCUAAUUUCAGGUUUUAAAAAAAAUCUGAUAGUACAUCACAGAAUCCAAUUUUAUUUAGUCACUGAGGCAUUUUUUUCUGGUUUCCACACUUGGCAGCAAAAUUGAGGUGUAGCUACAUUAAAAGGUGAAAACUCAGGUAUCAUAAUGCAAGAAACCACCCCGACUGUGUAUCUCAGAGCCAGUCGUGCCAGCCUGCUAUUCUAAUUGUGCUCUUUAAAAUAGAUUUUUCCUGUAAUUAAUCUCUAAGCAAAUUUGCAAACGGCGAAGAUGAAUAAUUAAUGGAUGGAGUACUGAAUAGAUGCAUGCGGAAUAGAGGUACUCGAGUCUUUUAUGUACCAAAAGAGUCACAGCACCACAACUUAAACAUCAGCAGAAUAGCAGCUAACAUGCAGUGACUGUACGGAGUGCUGCCCAGUGGAGAUACAUACGCUAUUUCAAAAUCACGGCAACUCACAAUAGGAAGCGGAAUGGAAAAUGUACUACUUUUGCUUAACUGUACGAUUUGUUUGGAGUUUGGUAUUACUUUGUUAGUUAUACAGUGUUUAGCCCUGGAGACCACUGUGGGAGAAUGAACCGAUUGAUCUGUGUAAUUAUAAACACAAUUCAUGUUACCAAUAAACGGAGCCAGUUCAGACCA